AAGCCAUUAUCAACACAAACACAGACAGAGAGAGUAAAAGCCAUGGACUUGUCAUUGCUUCUUCUCAAGGUCAUGGUCACAAUUGCGCUGCUUGGCUUUUUUAGCAAGCUAAUACAGAUUUGUGAUGCUCUAAUAUUGAAGCCAGAAAGGCUUAGAUCAAAACUGCGAAAGCAAGGGAUCAGAGGCCCUCCACCCUCGUUUUUGCUCGGAAACAUCAAUGACAUGAAGAAGAUGAAAUCCACGGCCUCAAAAACUCAACCAGGAGAGCAAGCAUUAACCCACAAUUGCGCUUCUGCAAUUUUUCCUUUCUUAGACCUAUGGAAAAAACAAUAUGGUUCUACGUUCAUGUUCUCACUUGGCAACAUACAAAUAUUGCACACGAACCAUCUUGAUGUGGUAAGGGCAAUAAGCAUAUGCACUUCCUUAGACUUUGGAAAGCCUUCCUAUCAAUACAAAGAGCGAGGUCCUCUAUUUGGCCAAGGGAUUCUGACUUCAAAUGGAGCACCAUGGGCUUACCAAAGGAAAAUCCUUGCUCCAGAACUAUACAUGGAAAAGGUCAAGGGUAUGAUGAGCAUAAUGGUGGAGUCCUCAAUUACACUAGUGAACUCAUGGACUAAUCUGAUUGAGAGUGAGGGUGGAGUUGCAGAUGUUCACGUUGAUAAAUAUAUGAGAAGCCUUUCUGGAGAUGUGAUCUCAAGAGCUUGUUUUGGCAGCGAUUACUCUAAAGGGGAAGAGAUGUUUUCAAAGCUUGAUGUACUUCAAGAGCACCUGUCUAAAAAGGUUUUUUCCAGUGGCAUUCCUGUACUAAGACAUCUUCCAACAAAGAGCAAAAGAGAAACAAGGAGGCUAGAAAAAGAGGUCCACUCUUUGAUUAUGCAGGUAGUGAAGGAAAGAAAGGAGGGACCAUCACAGAAUGAUUUGCUGCAAGUGGUACUUGAAGGUGCAAACAAUACUGAUUUUGGUCAAGAUAAGACUGGUCGCUUCAUUGUUGACAAUUGCAAGAACAUAUACCAAGCUGCGUAUGAGACAACUGCAGUGUGUGCAACAUGGACCUUGAUGCUGUUGGCCUCAAAUCCAGAGUGGCAACAACGAGUUCGUACUGAAGUCCUUGAAAUUUGUGCUGAUCAGAUGCCUGACGCUGACAUGGUUCGCAAGAUGAAGACAUUGACUAUGGUAAUUUACGAAUCAUUGCGACUUUACCCUCCAGUGCCAGUGGUGACAAGGGAGGCAUUUGAAGACAUGAAAUUUGGAGACAUAAACGUACCUAAAGGUGUAAUUGUGUGGACCAUGAUAGUAGCCUUACAACAAGACCCUGAUCUUUGGGGACCCGAUGCCAACAUCUUCAACCCCGAAAGGUUUGCCAAUGGUGUCAGUGGUGCAUGCAAGCUUCCUUACGUGUACAUGCCAUUUGGAGUUGGACCUCGCAUCUGUGCUGGGCAACACUUUGCCAUGGCAGAGCUCAAAAUUCUUAUAUCUUUGAUUGUGUCCAACUUCUCCUUUUCCUUGUCACCCAUAUACAGGCACUCCCCGGCAAUGAAGUUGCUUUUAGAGCCUGAACAUGGUGUCAAUAUUCUUAUUAAGAAGCUCUGAGCUAUGAGCCAACUAUCAUACUAUAGUUGGUAUUGCAGAAUGUUUUCUUAUUUAAUGAUGAAGUUAUUAAUUAGGUCAGUUCUUAAUAAUCUGUGUUGAAACUUGGUUUAUGACAAGGGCAAUGCAUAUGUGGAAGUACAUGCAGGGAUUAUGUAUGACCAGCUGUUCUAGGCACGAGUCUUACGAUCUAGUAUCUUGGCCUGACACAUUUCUUUUUCUUAAGUUGAAGUGAAAUGUAAUAAUUGAUGUACAAUAAAUAUGAUAUAAGUGACAUGCAUGUUUAGAAGGA